AACUAUAGACAUCAGUCUGAGAAGCAGCUCCACCGGAGGACACGCACUGUGCAUCUAUCGCCCCCUCAGCCGCCCGUGUGUGGACAAAACAUUCCCCGCAGAAGAGGAAGAAGAAGCUCGGGUGCGGAUAAACAGGAGCAGGAGCAGCAGGAGCAGGAGCAGCAGCAGGAGCAGCAGCAGCAGAGAAGUGAUGGAUGAAAGAAUACCGCAUUUACAGGACAGACAGUUCAUGGAGCACGCAGAUUUCUUGGGGGUGGAUUACCCGGCUAUCUACAUGUGCAAAUCCAAAAGAGGAAUAAAACGAGAGGAUGGAGGGAAGCAGGACGCUUACAAGUUACCACACCGGUUGAUAGAGAAGAAGAGGAGAGACAGAAUCAACGAAUGUAUCGGGCAGCUGAAGGAUUUGUUACCCGAGCACCUGAAGCUGUCGACGCUCGGGCACCUGGAGAAAGCAGUUGUCCUGGAGUUAACACUCAAACACUUGAACGCACUGACUGCUGUCACUGAGCAGCAGCACCAAAAGAUCAUCGCUUUGCAGAAUGGGGACCGGUCGAUGAAAUCUUCCAUUCAUGCGGACCUGGACGCGUUCCACUCCGGGUUCCAGGCCUGUGCCAAGGAGGUCCUGCAGCACCUGAGUCAGUUUGAGAACUGGACGGCGCGAGAGCAGAGGUGCGCGCAGCUCAUCAGCCACCUUCACAAGGUGCUGGCGCAGGUCCAGCCCGGCGCGCCGCCGCUCCAGCACCAGCUACAAGUCGGGGACGCACAGGAUGGGCAGAGAGCCGACAGCCAAGCCAACUGCGUCCCGGUCAUCCAGAGGACCCAAGGCGGGGAGCUGAACGAGAAUGACACCGACACGGAUAGUGGAUACGGGGGUGAGGCUGAGAAGAGCGACGGCAAAGAUAAAGACUGUGCGCGCAACAAGGGGCAGGGACCAAAGGCGGUGAAGAUAAAGCAAGAGUUUGGAGACGAACGCGCUGCCAAGAAACCAAAGAUGAGCUGGUCUGGGAGCGGGCUGGGGGGCGCAGACGCCUCCAGGCCUGACCUGGCGCUAAUGAACUCUCUGAUGGGAAUAAGCAGUGUGGGACAGCAGACACCGAUCUGUAUGCCUUUUUACUUCAUCAACCCCUCGGCUGCGGCGUCUUAUAUGCCUUUGUUCGACAAAAGCAACAUUGAAAAGUACAUGUACGGUCCAGCGGCGGCGGCUGCUCUUGCGUCCCCGUUCCCUUGGCUUUACCCUGCGCACGCGUCAGCCGCUGCGGCCGCGGCUGCUGCUGCCGCGUUGCCCGGCUUGUCUGCGCACUUUGGCGGCUCAGCUCAUUCCAAGGACUGCCUCUCUCCGGACCGAGAUGAGUCACACGAGACGGAGACGAGCUCACCUGACGAGCGUGAGGAGAGUCUCGCCAGUGACGACGGGGAGGGUGACGCAGGUGAUGCGUUCCAGGAGAACAAGAGCAGCAGUCAUGAUCAGUUCCCUGCUUGUCCCAUGAGCUAAUCUGUCCGUGUUACCUCUCUGUGCGUCCUGCUGAGAAAUGUAUGUAUUCCUUAAAAAAGAAAGAAUGAAUUUGGCUACUUUUAAAAAACGAGCUCUCACUGAAGAGUUCCACGUGUCCAAGAUCUUGGAGAAGGGGACAGUUGUGACGGCGCGUGCCUUUUGCACUCAUGUUAGAAUGAUUAUCGACAAUGAUUGACACUAGUACACGCCUGUGUUGUGCUGGAGUUUUUUAUUCUCUUUCAUAAAAAUAUUUUGAAAUGGCAGCAUUGGUGCCAAAACUUUGAAUACUUGGACAGUGCGCAGCGCAGUCUCCCAAUCAGCGAGUCUUUUUUUGGAUGUAUGAAGUUACAACUGACCUCUGCCAAGGUUAUUAAGAGCCUGGCUCACUCUGACUGUAAAUAUUAUAACCUGGAAUACGGUGUGAUUCCUUCACGUGUAAAUGGGCACUAAAUGGGCCUACAAAAUAAAGAAGUGCUCCUGGAAGCUGCAGGACCUCAUCCCAAAGUUUGCACGGGGAUAGUCUUAGUGCAACACACACACACACACACACACACACACACACACACACAC